CUUCAUCCUCCUAGAGAACACUAAAGAACAUUUAGUAAGAACGAUGACCUGACCGCUGGACUUUACCUUCUGGAUCAGUGCAAGGGCAACCUGAUCCACCAACGGCCACAACAUGAAACAGGAAAAUCCAUCAGCUUUUAUUUAAGAUUGGCAAAGAAAGUGCCAGAGACCUGGCUGAAGACACUGUUUGAAUACACACCCUUAUGUGGCUAAAUUAACAUAACAUAACAAAAACCCCACUUACUUCUACCCACCGGCACAUUAUAUUGUUUACCAACAAUACAGAUACUUAUUGUUUGAAGUUUUCCGGCUCUACUACCGAACAAACCAGGUGCCAAGCGUCUUCUCUCUUUCCUUCUAAUGAACUGUGUUCAAAUCAGUUCUUCCAAAUCAUCAUCCAUCUCCUCCUCCUCUUCAUUUAAUUUUACUGGUUCUCUCAAACGAGCCAUUCCAGGAACCGUCUUCCCCGAUCUAGCUAGUUAGCUACCCAUUAUAUUGUUUAUCAACAAUACAGUUACUUCUCCUGUGAAGCUUUUCUGCUCCACAGGUGAACAAACCAACAUUUUGCGCGACAUCGCCCCCUAGUGCUAAGAGGUGUAAUGGCCAUCUACGCAACAAGGCCGCACAACUAGAAAUGCUGAGCACGUCUGCGUACAGACGCACACGACACUAACAACGCAGACCCGCAGAAACGUAAAUCAGACAUACGUUUUAACCCUUUCCCUCCCCCAGGAGGAGAGUGCAGAACUGUGACAACGAACGGAAAACUCAUCCCCUAUACUCCACUGGCAGUUGACUUCUGGCAAGUUAGGAAAUGUCCACACGCCCCGGCUGUUCCUGUCCCAUAUGCACGGUGGACACACUGUGGGUUUGACAUCUACCUGGUCGCCAAUCUCUGCUACACGGCUCAAACUCAAACUACAGGUCGGAGAACGAUGGAUCCAUCCUCUGGAGGUGGGGGAACCGUACGUGCUUCCCCUGGACGACAUGGGCAAGGAGAGGUUGACCGUCACUCUAAUGGACGCCAACCACUGUCCCGGAGCGGUCAUGUUCCUGUUCCAAGGGUCCUUCGGCACCAUACUCCACACCGGUCCGUUCUGUAUUCCACCGCACCGCGCAACACUCAGCCGGGUCAGAAUUGAAAUGACCACACCAGGGGUAGCCAGGUCUGGGGCCUGCUGGUUUCCAGUUCUACCUCAUCGUUCCGUCCCUGAUUGGAGGGUUGAAAUGGAAAGGAAGGAGUGGAACUGGCUUUGAGGUCCAGCGUUGGGAGUUUGGGGGCACUACUCAUCAGGCUCACGUUGUGUAACCUGUUGAAAGUGUCAGGGAGGAAGUGACAGGACAUAUUUCGUGUCCCCUAUGUAAUUCAUAAAGGCACCAGAAAUUUCAGCUAAGGUUCGAGUUGUCAAACGUCAGCCUCAAAACCUUGAUGACUCGGAGAAGAUCUGCAAAGAGGAGUGGGAC